AUGGCGGACCGGCGGCGACGGAGGAGGCGCGCGUCCCAGGACAGCGAGGACGACGACGGGUCCGGCUCGGGUUCGGACAGCGGGAGGUCGGCCUCCCCGACCACCAAGAGCCGGGCGAAGGAGCCCGAGCCGGCGGAGGUCCCGGUGGUCCGACCCGAGGCCAAGAACACCGCGGAGUCUGAAUGUGAGAGUGAAGAUGGAGUGGGAGAAGCUGUCCUGUCCGACUACGAAAGUGCAGAUCCUGAGGACAACGGCUCCCAUUCAGAGGGAGUGGAGGAGGAAGAGGAGGCCGAGAGCGACGAAGAAGAAGCCCCAGCAGCAGCAGCCAGCGAGUCAGAACCUCCAGCGCCCAGCGACCCGGCACCGGGAGAGGAGGGGGAGCAGGUAGAAGACAAAGAGGAGGAGCAGCAUCAGGAGGAGGAGGAGGUUCAGCAGAAGGAGCAGGAGGGGGAGGAGGAGGAGGAGCCAGAGAGGGAGGAUGGGUCUGAGAGGACGGAGGAGAGCAAAGCCGAGGAGAAGGAGAACCUCAGCGGAGAGAGACAGAGCGGAGACGGACAGGAGUCCACAGACGACCCGGAAACCAAAGUGGGGGGGAAACCGGGUCAAAAGCUUGACGAUGACGAGGACAGAAAAAACCCGGCGUACAUCCCUCGGAAGGGUCUGUUCUUCGAGCACGACGUCAGAGGUCAAGCUCAGGAGGAGGAGAGACCUAAAGGUCGGAAAGGGAAGCUGUGGAAAGACGAGGGUCGCUGGAAUCACGACAAGUUCAGGGAGGAAGAACAGGCGCCGAAGAGCCGCGAGGAGCUCAUCGCCAUCUAUGGUUAUGACAUCAGAAACGGCGGCGGCCAAGGAGAGCGCUCGUACAGACAGCGCCGGCCAAGACAGAGCGUGUCGCCCGGCAGAGACAACCGCUGGAGAGAGGGGGGGGGCGGCGAGCGAGCAGUCCGAUCCUGGCAAGGAGGAGGUGGAGGUCAGAACCGAGGAGUUCCUCCACCUUCAUCCAUCCACACCUCCACAUCAUCUUCCUCCGUCCCUCUCUCCUCUGCUCAGCGCAGCAACAACUCAUCCAGACCGCCACCCCCCCGCAGCAGACCCUCGUACCAGAACCAGAUGCACCACCCACCUCAAUCCCACUACAGGAACGAUGAAUCGAACGCACCCCAGAUGCAUCCCAGAGAGCGACAGGGCCCGAAAGCUUAUCCGGAGCCUGCAGGCGACAGGGGUGUGGUCAGCAGAGGAGGGCGUGGUGGUGGAGGAAGGGGCGGUCCCUACCUGCUCAUUGAGAACAGCGGCACCAGCCAAUCAGGUGUUGAGGAAAAGGACCUGAGCUCCAGCGCUGUGAAGACGCAGCCUGGCGGUUACCAGUCUGCUUCACCCCGACGCCAGCAGAAGGAACAAAGGGGCGGAGCCGAGCGCUCUGUGUCCGGAUCGGCUGCUUCCUCCUCUGACCCCUCCCCUCAAUCCUCAUCAGUGGCCAAUAGGGAAGCCUCUCCUCCCACAGAGCGGCCGGUGGAGCGCAAGUCUUACGCGCUGGCUCGCAGGACUCGCUCUCGGCCCACUGACCUGGGAAGCAAACAGCCGUCUGUGGACGAGACCACAGUGGGCGGGAACAACUCCCCCCCCGUCAGCGCCGGGGGGAGGAGCUGGACGGGAGACGCACCGAGUCAGACAGGAAGUGGAGGGGGAGGGGGGCUGACCGAGCUGGACGCAGACGUGGCUCGACUCAGUCUGGCCGGACAGAGCUGGAACCGGAGUCCGUCCUCGUACAUCAGCUCUGAGAUGAGAGGCCUCCCCGGCCCCCUGCACAUCCCCGGGGGGCCGCCGCAGUUCUCCAGCAUGGAGGAGAUGGGCGUCGGCACCAAUCGGGCCAAACGCUACUCCUCCCAACGCCAGAGGGCCGUCCCUGAGCCGGCUCCGCCCAUGCACCUGGGAGUGAUGGACGGACACUACUACGAACCCAUGUCGUACCAGGGGCCGAUCUAUGCUCAUGGCGAUGGCCCCCCCCCCAUCCCACCACAAGGCAUGCUGGUGCAGCCUGAGAUGCACCUCCCCCACCCGGGUCUCCACCCACACCAAUCAGGCGCCCCGAUCGCUAACCCCGCCCUCUACGCCGGCCCACCUGUGUCUCUGUCACCCGGGCAACCGCAGCAACUCCUGCCACCUCCUUUCUACCCUCCACCGGGCGUCAUGACCUUCCCUUACCCCACCAUGUACCCCACCCCACAGGCUCAGGCCCAGGUGACCUAUGGAGGUGUGACGUACUACGACACCAUGCAGCAGCAGGCUCAGCCCAAGCCUUCGCCCCCCCGCCGCACGUCCCAGCCCGUCACUGUCAAGCCCCCCCCGCCAGAGGUGCCCUUUGCCUCAGAGUGACCCCCCUCCCCCUGUCUCCGACCCUGUGGCGGUUUGGCAGAUCGACCGUGAUGGCGGCGGCACACAGGCUCAUUCCAGCCGAUGUGUUUUUUUAGCAACAUUCAAGAAACCAGAGGAAGCCGGCGGACGUGGAGCCGCUCGGAGUCGACAUCAGACCAGUUCGGUUUAACCUGAAGUUUACUGUCGACCAGGAAACAACCGCUCUGAGUUUGUCUGGUCGAGUUAUUUUCUGUGUUUCCUUCACAGCGUUGGUUUCGUUAAAGAGGAAACAGACGGUUGGCGUGUUUACAUGUUCGCUCUCUGAGGUCUCGAUAGAAAACGUGAACAAGGAAGAACAAACGCCAGAAUCUGUGGACCGGUUGUUUUUCUGGUUUGAAUUCAGCUCUUGUUCCUCGCUGAUGAUUCCACCGCGUUCUAACACCUGCUGAUCUCCUGAUGGGUUUAUGAGCGACUUCUCCUUUUUGUCAUCGUGGAGACUUUUCUGUGUCCAGGUUCUCUAUCGUUUUUCUUUGUCAGUAAACUGAACAUCUGUGUGAAACUGGUCCUUCAAUGAAACAGACGACAGGUUCAUCAAUAGAACAAAGAACUCGAGUCUGGUCAACAGGUCAUCAUGUCACAUGACGUGCCAAAGCAGAAAUCCGGGUUAAUUUAAUGGAAUCGACUGUUUGCCGCCGCCUUGUUUCCGUGCACGCCGUCCGUCCGCCGGCCUCAGACAUCAGCUGCACAGUCACUGAGGAACACGGGGGGGGGGG